AUGGCGGGCUCGGAGCCGCUGCCCGCGCUCCCGUCCCUGGCGUUCGCCCCACUGACAGAGCCGAGCGCGGCAAGACCUCCUGCUUCUCAGCCGCCGCCACCGCCGCCAGCCACUCCGCAAACUUUCCGCCACCUCAGCCCGCCUCCGCGCGGCCGGGGGAGCCCCAAGCACGGCCCGCCCCGCCGCAGCCCCCUCCCCGUGCCAUGUGACAGCCGCGGCCGGGCCCCGCUGGGCUGGGGCGCGGGAUGGCGGGCCAGGGCGGAGGUGCGCCGGCAUCGUGCCCCACUGCUGCCAGGCCUUGGCGGUAGCACCCCCGGGCCCCCGCCCCGCAGCACGGCGGGCGCUACUCUGGGAUUUUGCUGCUGUCCUCGGCCUCUCCAUGGGCGGGCGGGAGCGUGCCCUGUGUGCCCUGAGCGUCACCCACCACGCCCGGGCCGAGGAUCCCGGCUCCAGAGGUUCAGGGAAGUGGGCAGGACGUACAGAUUCCACAUGUCUGAGAUGAAGGAAAGAUACAAAGAAGAAGGAGUCUGUCUCUUUUCAGUGGUGCUGAGUGACAAGACCAGAGGCAACAGACACAAACUGAAACUCAGUAGGACCCCUCUGAACUUCAGUACUUUUUACUGUGAGGAUGACAGUAAAAAGAACUUUCUCAGGAAAGUUGUGUACAACCAACUGUAGGCAGCCCUGCUUGAGCAGAAGGGUUGGACCAAGUGACCCUCAUAGGUCACUUCCAACCUCAACCAUUGUGUGAUACUAUAUCUAGAUUCUGUUAAUGAUUUUUACAUGAGGAUGUUACUGGUUUAAAUAAUAUGUAGGAUCUUUGAGGGUGGAGUUUUGCUUCACAGAAAGACCUCUCAACUUAUGAUCCUUCUUCUCUUAUGAAAGGGGAGUAGCACACUUCCUAUUUCAUAAUCACUGAUGGUUUUAUUCACUUGAGUGAGAUGUCUGACUCUUAAAUUAACUGAGUUCAUCUUUCUGGAUCAUUAGCAUACUAAAUCCAUGGAGGGAAAAAAUUAAUUUUUUUUCUUGUUUAGCUUUUUAUAUCCACUCACAUGCAUCAUAUGCAUCAGUGGUAUAGGGGAAUUCACAGCCAUUGACAAAAAGUAAUUUCCCCUUCCUUUUGUUGUCUCACAUGUUGGAUUCAUCCUAAGAAAAAGAACAAGUUAAUGAGCAACUGUUUAAUUUUUCUACUUAAUCAACUAGAUUCUGUGGUCAACAGUGCUGAUGGCAGCAUAUGCAUCAACAAUUUACUGUACCUACUUGCAAAAGAGCUUGAUCUUCUGAGCACUACUGUCUUGGCUUAACUUCUCAGUCUGGACCUACCUGCUCCAAAUCUCAGCCCAGGUUUUCUGGUAGCAUUUUAGAAAACUCACUUGUGGACUUCAUUCACUACCUUCUCUAAAAAUAAGGUGUCUGGUUUUGCAUGAUUUCAGAAUGAAACCAAGUGAAACUCAAGGGCUGGGAUUUUGUUUUGCUUAGGCCUCCUGGGUACAUGUGGAUCUGUAGGGGGGAGCUGGGGCGGGUGGUGCAGGGAGCCCCACAGAGCAGAGCAGUGAACGAGCCAAUGAACCAAAUAGGCAGCUCAUGUCUUGCAAAGAGACACUGCAACUUCACAGGCAAUUUAGCUGGUACCAUUUAUUCUAAUUUAUUACAGUAAACUACAUAUUAGCAAAUGUUAACAGAUCAGGGCAGAUUUAUGUCAGGGAAGGCUACUGUGCUAAUGAAUGGGCCCCUCAUUAGCAUUGCCUGGAGCAGCACGUGCUCUCUCUGGCCUCUCCUUACCACAUUUUCCCAUUACCAUCACAGCAGAAACAAGCCUUUCACAUCUUGUAAUCUCUGACCAGGAGGAAACUUGUUUGGAAGGUAAAGAAAGAAACCGGCAUAUGGCUAUUUAUAUGAACUUCAGCUCUGGUUGUUUUUAUUUGGGCAUUUACUUGAAGAAGCACAAGAAUUACUGGGUACUGAGCACCUCUCAAAAUCCAUAUUCCAGUUGUGGUUACUGCUAGAGUGAUUGUAGUUUGUACAUGUUUGCAUUCCUGCUAACUGACUGUGACUAUCAACUUUUCUAUUUUUUUCCCCCCUCUAAAUACAAAAUAGAAUUCCUAACACCUGUCACAACAAAAGAUUUUUUUCACUAUCAUGCAUUUUUUUUUUUCAUUAGUGCAUAUGAAGUAUUUGCAUUUUCAGCAUUACUGUAUCUGGCUUAAAGAGGGAGAAAUAUUCUGUAGGUUUUGCUAAUUAACUGCUGUAAAGCAUUUGAGAUAUUGGAUUGGCAGGAGCUGUCAAAGCACAAAAUAUGAUCAACAUACCUUUAAAUCAGUGAAAGGCCAAGAGUAUCACAAUUCAGAGAGCAAACAAACCUAAUUGUUUAUUCUUUGCUCUGCUGCAGUCUAUAAGUGCAGACUCAAAAUUAAUGUAGUAUACUUUAGCCACCCAGCUAAAACCCACAAAAAUCCAUAUAAAACACCUUCCAAAUUCCUCAAUGCCAGAUUGUGCUAGUUUAAGAAAAGUCUUUCUGUGAUACCUUUUCUUCUUUUAGAUGUUUUGUUUUUUAUUAAAUACCAAUUAAAUAACAAUUUGAAAGGAUAGGAGUGAUAUUUUCAUAUAUUCAUAAUCCAGCUGUUGAUAAAACUACUCCUAAAUGUCUCUAAUGGUAGAGUCUGCAUUUCCCCCACUCUCUUGCCAGGCAACUCUAAAGAAAACUUUACACGCUGAGUAUUAGCAAAUUGUCUGAAGACAACACUGAUUUUUUUUUUUUUUUAAUAGCCUGUGAGUACAUUAUUAAGUCCUGGGUUGUACCACUCAUUAACUUAUUGUUGGUCCUUUUGUCAGACAGUCUGGAUUUCACUCUAUGAACAUGUGUGAGGUUCCUCAUUUGUUUUUUCUCUUCAAGACAAUUUGCAUUUGCCAUAUAACACCUCACUGAAGACGGGAAAAAGGAGAGAAAUGCAGACGCCCACAUUUUCCUAACUGCUGCAGCCACUUUGAAUUGCCCCAUAAAACUUCCAGAUCCUUUUCCUUGGGGAAGAGUGCAGGUGGUGAUGGGUUGCAGGAGUUGCUCCUAAGCUAAACUCUUGCCAGCCACCAGCAGAGAGGGUGGAGAGGGGAGGGAGAAGGAGCUGGUGGGGCUGCGGGUGUCUGGCUGCUGCCCUGUGUGGGUUUUGGCAGCUGGUGAGAGGCAGGGCUGCUCAGAGAGAGCCGGGGGAAACAGCCAGGGGCUGGAGACUGGAGACUUUCAGUCUUCCUAGAACUGCUCUGUAACAUUUUCAAAAAUGAGGAAUUCCUGAGAAUAAUAGAGAGAGAAGGGGGUGGGAGAAAGAGAACUAGAAAUGGAGUGAAAUCCUUGGGAAUCAUUCAUUCACUGGUAAAAGGGAGGGGGAAAGAGAAAAGAUAGGAAUGCCAAGAUUUAAACAGUUCAAACCUUGGUAUUUCCAGUUUGGAAAACCUGGAAUUACCUAAAACAUUGUUGAGAUUUGCUUUGCAAUUUUCUUAUUAAAAUAAUAGCUAGAAAAUUAAUUACUAUUCCAUGUGCACUCCACUGAUUCUCUCAGGGUGGAUAAAGCUUUGUAAGGGUAUGUUUUUCCCCUAUACAUAAAUUAAUAUAUUUUAAGACCAGGAGGGACUGUUCAUCUGACCUCAUACAUAACAAAGGCAUCUCGUUUGCUGUAUAUUAAUUACUUCUUCAAGUCUGAUUCAACUGCAGCAUACCACAGAGAAAUCUUCCCACUUCAAUCCAUUAUCCCCCUUUAUAUGUCAAUGAGCUCUGUUGUCCUUUUCUUGCAACUUUGGGAAGUCUUAUUUGGCAGGGGCUCAGGUCCAGUUGAAGUCUUCUUCUCUUGGUUCCCCUUCUGCAGUCCUGGAAUAACAAUUGGUUAGUCUUCCUGAUUAAGUACAUGGCUUAACUUUUGAUUUUGACAAAAGUCAUAUUGUUACCCAAGCAAAUGACAUAAAACAAUGCCAGCAAAGCUGCACUUUUGUGGGUUUGUUUUCACCAUUCCUCUCAUGAAAGUGCCAAAAGCAAACCGUAGUGAUACCUGACUUAGGUUUUCCCCCCCACCUCAUUUAAUUAGUUAAUUAAAAUAUAUAUGCAAAUUAGGGUCAAAGAUUGUCCCUGUAGGACUUUACUCAAAAAUUACACCGUGUUUAUAGUUGCAUUUCAAGAGCUGCUGGUUUCUAAUCUGUACUGUGUGCUUUAUUGACUUUACAGCAUGCUAGUUUAUUGUUCAUAACAUUGUGUGGUGUCCUGUCAAAUAAUAUUUGAUUUAUUUACAUUGUUACCUUUAUCAAACCUGUAAUUUCACUUGCUAUUAAAUACUUCAUUGCUGUUGUAGACAAAUUGCCUCUUGGCAUUUUUUUCUUUAGAGAGAAGGGAAAGCAGAGGUGACAGGUUGGAGCUGUGACAAGGCAAGAACCUGAGAAGGAUACAAAGGAUCUGACUGAGGGCAGUAUGGGCAAGGAGUGGCUUAAACAGGACCAGCUUAAGCAGAUCCCCAAGUUAACAGCAUGAUUCCCUGGGAAGCACAGGAGAGGAAGCACUGUGGUCCUCACAGGAGUGUGGAGGAAGAAACUCCUUCUGACAGUCAGGGUUAAA